ACCACAUCUGCAAUUAAUAGAGCUUGCUCAAACAGAGGGAGAAAGAGAUGGAAAAUACACAGAGAUCAGAGUGGGAUGAGGAAGAAAAACAAGCGGAAGUGGGUAUCUGGAAAUACAUAUUCGGUUUCACAGAAAUGGCACUAGUCAAGUGCGCCAUUGAACUUGGGAUAGCUGAUACCAUUGAAAGCCAUGGAGGAGGCCCUAUGACACUCUCCGAGUUGUCAUCAACUCUAGGUUGCGAUCCGUCCCCACUCUACCGCGUUAUGAGGUUCCUAACGCACCGCGGAAUAUUCAAAGAGAUGCCCACAACCCAAGGCUCCCCAGGUUAUGCACAAACACGUCUAUCUAGCCGUCUUUUGCGGAAUGGAGAACAUAGCGUGGCUGCUCUUAUUUUGUUUGAGAGCAGCCCAGUUAUGCUGGCACCAUGGCAUAGCCUAAGUGCCCGUGUUCUAGCCUAUGAGACUGCACCGUUUGAUGUAGUUCAUGGUGAAGACAUAUGGAGGUAUGCAGCAGAAAAUCCUGGUCAUAGCCGUCUCCUCAAUGAAGCAAUGGCGUGUGAUGCCAGGUUGGUGGUGCCUGCGAUUCUUCAAGGUUGUCCAGAGGUAUUUGACGGGCUUAGCAGUUUGGUGGACGUGGGUGGAGGCAACGGAAUGACUUUGCAGUUGUUGGUUAAGUCGUGUCAAUGGAUUCGAGGCAUCAACUUUGAUCUUCCCCAUGUUGUCUCUGACGCGGCAGAGUUCCCCGGAAUUGAACAUGUCGGAGGUGACAUGUUUGCAAGUGUUCCAAAGGCUGAUGCUGCUUUCCUAAUGUGGGUUCUGCAUGAUUGGGGAGACAACGAAUGCAUCCAAAUCCUGAAAAAAUGCAGAGAAGCUAUUUCGGAGGACAAAGGGAAGGUGAUAAUUGUUGAGGCUGUAAUUGAUCAAGAAGCAAAAAUAUCGGACAAACUAAGAGAUGCGAGGUUGGCGCUAGACAUGAUAAUGAUGGCUCAUACUACAACGGGCAAAGAGAGAACUUUAGAGGAGUGGGGACUUGUUCUUGGGAAGGCAGGAUUUAGCAGGUACAGGGCGAAACCCAUUCGUGCUGUGCAAUCUGUAAUUGAGGCAUUUCCUUAAAUUCAUAUAUAUAGUAAGCCAAGGAAUGUGCCUGGUUCUCUAGUCUUUAUGAGUGUUCUAGUUUUCUUUCAGUUUGCGUUAAUUGUCAUGGCUACCACUAUAAGACGAGUUGUCUUGAUGUAGUUUGCUUGGUGUUUUAAGUGCAUCUAUGAUAAUGGAAAAGUUUGUUUACUUUUACAA